CGUUUUGUGCGUAGCUUGAUGGAAACUCGAUUGAGCUGUCAUAAUUGUCAUUUGACAUUUCCUGACCAGACCAGAGAGCGAUUUAGGUUUUGGGUUUUACAAACAGGUUCACCAAAAGAGUUACCGAAAAUGUCUGCCUGGAGAGCUGCAGGUUUAAACUACAUCAACUACUCAAACAUUGCUGCCAAGCUAGUUCGUCAGGCAUUGAAACCAGACCUACGAGCACAAGCGACACGACGAGAUGAUUCGCACAUCAAGUUCACCAAAUGGGUCAACGGAAAACCGGAAACUGAGAAAUAGAAAUAAUACCAAGUUAAAAGAUAAAUAUCUAUUGUAGCGAUUGUAGCACUCCCCGGUUUUUUAUUACCUGAUCAGAAAUAUGUAUUAUGUGCCGUAUAAACUGCACUACCUUAUUAGGACAAGAUAUAUAACAACAGUUCCUCUUAUAUCAAGGUAAAUUCGCGAUUCUCACAUUUAGAUAGUGACUCUAAUCAUUAAAUAACCGUAAAAAGUAGGUAUGUAUUCACUCAGAUGACUGAGAAUAAGAUGAUUGUGAGAAUAGACUCGAUUUUCAAUUAGUUUUUGUGCUACUCAAGUUAUGACUGGAUUGGCACGUAGCGCAAAAUAACUUUAGUAGCACAAGAAGUUUGAAAGAUAGAAAAUGAAAUGCAAAAAAAAACAUAUAAUAUUUAAUUAGCCUACAUUGUCUUGUUCAAUUACACUAUUCACUCUCUCCGUAGGAGAUACGUGCCGCGUAAAAAGCGACUUUAGCGUACACACUGGCAAUUACAUAACAUUCCUACUGACUUAUUUCAAACGUUCGUUUGUCUAGCAAAAGCCUCUGAACGUUUAAAACAAGUACAAUAUUAUCUUCACUAUGAAUUUAAGUUGCAAUUUUCGUCCAUCUAUGUCAAGAGUGCUGUUAUAAUUCAGAUAAAUAGAUUGUGUUGUUUGCAAUGGCUAAUAAUUUACAACAACUACAUGCCAUGCAUGCCCAUUACCCAUUUUCAACAUAAACAAUUGAUUACUGUUUUUUUUUUCCAAUUACUAAUUUAACAUAUGAAUAUGAAUAACGCGCUUCAGUCUAAAAAUGCAUUGUUUGAUUUUUGACAUUAUUUUGCUGUGAUAUAAUUGAGAGCCUUCAAAGGCGAUUGAAGCAUAAACAUUGUUCUCGUUUACUAUGUGAUUCGUAUAUCAUUCAAUACAAAAGCAAUAGAGCUAAAUUUAUUUUUAUAUUUUCAGAACUGGUCGAGAACUGAACAUGGAUGUCAUCAGGGUCAUUCGUAAAAGUAAGGAAUAAAACCAAAAUAAUAAUUUAACAAAAAUA